AAUAACUUUUGUUCAACAAUUUUUUUUUUCAGAUUCUAUGAUUAAUGGACAUGAAUCAAAUAAAAAUAAAUUAACUGAGUAAAUGAAAGUAUUUGUCUAAAUCUCAGUAGACUGAAUUCCAAACACAAAAAUGCUGAAGUUCCCAACACUUUGGGAAGAAUACAGUCCAGACACAUUGCUGGAUAUAUGUGUGAAAUAUUGUAUUAAAAAUCCACAAACUUUCUGUACAUACAAUCCAGUACAUAAUGAGUAUUUGUUAAGGGAAGGUGUUACACUUCCAGCUGAAAUAUGUGAACGGAUGCUUAAGUUAUCUGUUGAAGAUCUUGAUCGAGUCAUUGAUGAUAGUUUCUUAAGGAUAUUUAUUGAUAACUCUGCAACAAGAUUGAAACAGGUGAAUUUACAAGGUACAUCAGUUAGUGAUGAUGGAAUUGAGAUUAUCUGCCGUCACAAUAUAUUAGAAUUGAACAUUUCUCAAUGUGUAAAACUUACUGAAAGAACUCUGAUGCUGUUAAAUAAUAUGAGUUCUGAGCUUUUAUCUUUAGUAAUAGGAAAUUCAGUACAGAUAUUGCCAGAUUCUUUGACUGAUACAGAAGUAAAUAUGUCUGGAAAUCAGUUUGUAAAAAGCAAAAGUAUUUAUCAAGAACAGAAUUAUAUUUUAAAUGCACCAUCUUUGCGGAGACUUGUUGUCCACGGACUUGAAAUACCAAUGGAAAAGGAUUAUUUUCCACUCUUAUUAAAGCCUCUCCAAUUACUUAUUCAUUUAGAUUUGUCUUCAUGCCGACAGUUAGGAGAUUUAUAUUAUCUUGUAAGUCAUAGACACUUAGCAUCACUGGUUCUAUAUAAUGUUCCUCAUUUACAGGAUGCAAUUACAUCAAUUUGUCAAAUAAAAACUUUAAGACAUUUAGAUGUAUCACAAUGUAAUGAAAAACGUGGACAUUAUAAAUACCCUAAUCAAACAUUAAGGCAAAUUGUGGAGAGUUUACCACAUUUAACAUCUUUAGAUAUUUCUGGCACAAAUCUUGCUGGAAGUGGUGUUCAAGAAAGAGAAAGUCCACAGAAAGAAUCUAGUCCAGCAACAGAAGAUCCUGUAGAAGUACCUUUAACAGACAUUCCUGGUCUAAAGAGUAGAGUCAAUUGUCCAUUAGAAUUUCUUGGUUUAUUUAAUACAGCUCAUGAAGCUUGUUAUCGGCAUCAUAUUCCUUCCAAAAGAAUUGCUGGUGAUGCCAAUGAAGAACAGAUUUUAACAGCUGCUCAAGUAUAUUAUGAUCGGCCAGAAAUUCUACAGAAAGUUUUAAAUGAUUUAUUUCAUGUCUUUCGUUAUGAUUCUUGUAACAAUUCUCGUCUUGCAUUAGAUGUUGUUAUGGUUGCUAUGAAGCAGCAUUUGACUGAAAAGCAUAUACAGAUUGCUGGAAGUGCAUCUCUAUUUUAUAUAGUUAAAGGAGAAGAAAAAAACAAUUUUAAUAUUAAAAUUAAGAGAAGAAUAAUCAAAGCACUGUUGGAUGCCAUGUGUGCUCAUCGUGAUGACACAACAAUGCUUCGAAAUGGUUGUUUGACUCUCAUUCAUUUUAAAAUUCCCCAAGAUGUGUUAUUUGACUACGAAAGAUUAGUAGAUAUUUUACUCCAUAUAGUCUCCCAGGAAGAUCAAGAUGAUUUUGUUCAAAGAAUUGGAAUCUAUCUACUUAAUAGUGUAGCAUGUCAAGUAGAUGGUAUACAAAAACAAUUAGUAGGUGAUAGAGGUGCUAUAACAAUAAUGCUCCGCUUAAUUGAAAAUAGAUUGAAUCGUCACAACUGUGAUGAAGUAAUGGAAACAGCUUGGAGUACAAUGUGGAAUGUUACAGAUGAAACACCUAUUAAUUGUCAAAGAUUUUUAGACGGAAGAGGAAUGGAUCUUUUCUUAGGUUGUUUACAGAGUUUUUCUGAUAAACCAGAAUUAUUAAGAAAUAUGAUGGGAUUAUUAGGUAAUGUAGCUGAAGUAAAAGAUUUAAGGCCACGAUUAAUGAAAGAUGAAUAUCUUUCAGUAUUCAGUGAGUUAUUAGACAGCACAAGUGAUGGUAUUGAAGUAAGUUACAAUGCUGCUGGAAUACUCUCUCAUAUUAUGUCAGAUGGUCCUGAACCAUGGAUAUCAUAUAACAUAAGAGCUGUACAGCGUCCCGAUGUUCUUUGGAGGAUGGUGAAAGCAAUUGAACGUUGGAAACUUAAUACUAAACGCAACAUUAAUUACAGAUCUUUUGAACCCAUUCUACGUCUUCUGAAUGUUGAUCAUUCACCUGAAGCACAGCAUUGGGCAGUUUGGGCUCUGGCUAAUUUGACAAGAGUCUAUGCUGACAAGUAUUGCUCUCUUCUCAAAGAAGAAGGUGGUUUGCAAAUGUUGGAGGACUUAUUGCUUCGACCCAAACCAUAUGCCAGAAUAAAAGAACUAGCUCAAAUUACUAUUGAUCAGUGUGAAAGGUAUGAAAAAUUUGGUAAGUUGGAUGAUCUCCCUGAAAAUCAAGGCUGACUUACAGUUUUAUUGUGCUAUAUUUAGCAUCUGUUGCCCAAAAAGUUUGAUUAAUUCAUUGUACUUUACAUACAAAAACUCUAAGAAACAUUUGUUAUAUGAUUUGAAAAACAAGAAAGUAUAUAAUAUAUAUAAAUAUAUAUGUAUACACAUUUAGUAUGACUACAUUUGUGUAUUGAAUUACUGAUUUAUAUUCAACCUUUUUGGAAAAUAUGAGAAUAUGAUAUAAGUAAAGAGAUAAAUAAAUAAAUAUACAUAUAU